AUGAGGUCAAUCAAAUGGUUCAGUCUGGUAAGCUUUUUACCGAUUCCCGCAGCGGUUUACGCAACACCAUUCAAUCAGCAUGAACUGGUAGGCCGCGAUGUUGGCAUAGGGCAACUUCCAAAGCCAUCCACCUACGAUGCGCCUCGCUUCCGGUGGUGGUGGCCCGGCGGUUGGGUGGAACCUGAUGUUGUGGCGAGCGAACUGCAGUCCAUCGCCGCGGCAGGAUUUGGUGGGGGAGAAAUCGGCGAUGUUGAAGAUAGCAUCAAGGUCGCGAUGGACCCGCGAAUAUAUGGUUGGGCAAGGGAUCGAUGGAAUGCCGGGGUGCUCGCUGCCUAUAAGACAGCCCAGAGACUGGGCGUUUAUGUGGACAUGACACUGGGUCCCCACUGGCCGACUGGAGUUCCGGGUUUCACGCCAGACUCUCCAGAAACCUCCAAGGAAUUGGUCCAUGGAAAGUUCUUGCUUGCGCCUGGACAAUCUUACGCGGGAUCCCUUCCUCUUCCCAUGGCCAAGCCCUCUGGUGAGGUGACUGGCAACCCAUCGGUCAACGCAACCGCGAAGCUGGUUGCCAUUCUCGCUGCCAGAACGAGUGCAACAUCAGCUAAUCAGACAGUCGUGGAAUUUGAACCGUCUUCUGUCGUGGAUCUGACAACGCAUUAUCACCAACACCAACUGUCGUGGACGGCGCCAAAGGACGGGAAUUACAUGGUUGUUGCAGUGUACGGCCGAGGGACGGGCCAGAUCCAGAAUAUGUACGACGGCAACCCCAAUGCGCCCAAACUCACCUAUCCUUCUCCGGCUUACAUUGUCGACCACUUCUCCACCGCGGGCGUCGACGCCUCUGUGAGCUAUUGGAACAACCAUAUCUUGAAUGACGAGCUGCGGCAAAUCAUGAAGAGUCAAGGAGGGUCCAUUUUUGAAGACUCACUCGAGCUCAAGUACAAGCAAUAUUGGACGUUGAACUUCAUGGAGGAGUUCAAGAAGCGACGCGGUUACAGUUUGACCCCAUAUCUAUUCUAUGUCCUAAAGGAUACCACCACCUUUUCCGGUAAUGACGAAGUCGCCAGCGGAGUUGAGUACGAUUUUUACUCCACGAUCACAGAUCUCUACAUUGACUACCGCGUUCAAGGGUUGAAAAGGUUUGCCAAUGGGCUCGGGCUGAAAUUCCGCCUGCAGCCCUACACAGCGACACUUGACUCUUCACGUGCAGCUGCAGCGGCGGAUAUUCCCGAGGGCGAGUCCCUCGGUUUUGAGGGUGACAAGGACGCUUUCCGGGUUCUGGCUACAGGUCGAGAUGUGGCCGGUCGUACGAAGAUCCUUUCCAACGAGCUCGGCGCUUACAUGGGCAAGGCAUAUGGAGUCACUUGGAACUUCCUUCUUGGGACUGCUAACCUGGAUUAUUCUCUCGGGGUUAGCCACGCAGUCAUCCAUGGCUUUCCAUACCGUGACGCGCCCACGAGUGCAUGGCCUGGGUUUGCACCUUUCACGCCGCUCGGCUCCUCGAGUAAUGGGUUUGCAGAUGCGUGGGGUCCGCGGCAGCCGCAAUGGCUUUUCGCGUCAAAUGCGAGUGUCUAUAUGGCCCGCGCUCAUAGCCUCCUGCAAACAGGCUCACCCUCGGUGGAUGUGGCAGUUCUGAAUACCGACUGGGGAGUUACGGCAACGUGGGAUGAUACUGGGUUGAACGAUGCGGGUUAUUCCUACCAGUUUCCAACUGCAGAACUCCUGAGGGAAUAUUCCGCCACCGUCAGGAACAAGCAUCUUCUCCAUGACGGUCCUCGAUACAAAGCUCUUCUGAUUGAUAACACCACUUACCUGGAUCUCGAGAGUGCGAGGCAGGUUCGCUCGUUCGCCGAGUCAGGUCUACCGGUGGUGAUCGUUGGAGACGCUCCGUCUCGACCACAAUCUUUCUGCACCAACUGUUCCGAGACCAAAGCUCAGAUUGAGGAGAUCUUCAAGUCAAUCCUGUCACUUAGGACGACCAAAAAAGUCUCCUCUCAAGCGGAUGCUCCUGCUGCUCUCAAGCUCCUUGGCAUCUAUCCAUCUGUCCGGUACUUCACAUCAUCUAACGUGUCUACGAUUACCACCAGACGUCGCAUCAGCAAUUCCGAAUCCAUCUAUUUUGUUUACAGCUCUACCGCGCUUACCGAAACAGUUUUUCUAGAGGGGGAGGGUUAUCCGUUGAUGUUGAACCUCUGGACUGGGGACGUUACGCCCAUCGCUGCAUUUGACACAGCUGGUGGGUACACCAGUGUCAACCUGUCCCUGGGCGAGAAUGCCGCCAAAAUGCUCUACCUCGGCAACAGAAACCCAUACGGCCUUCCCAAUCUUGACAGGUAUGUCACUGCGACCAAUGCUGAUGUUGUCGCUCAGUCGCAGAAUAUAUAUUUGAGAACCAGCAAGAAUGGAACCCACACUGCAGAACUUUCAAACGGAAAGUCCGUCAGUGUUACCUUCAGCAAUGUGCCAUCUCCAAUUAUUCUCAGCUCUUGGAUUCUAUCCGUUGAAGACUGGUCUCCUUCGAUCGUUAAUGAAACUGGGCUCAAUUCUUCCCUGACUUCGAAGGUUACUUUACCGAGCAUCCACUUGAACAGCCUCAAGUCUUGGACUAAUAUUUCAGGACUGGAGAGUGCAAGUGGCAUUGGAACUUAUAAGACCACUGUGGAAUUAUCCUUGGGCUCGUCAGAUCAGAGCUCCGGAGAGACUCUUGCGGUCUUCCUCAACUUCGGUGAUGUGGGGGGGAGUUGGGGCUUGAAGAUCAACAAUGUCCAGGUCAAUGGAGUUGACUUCCUACGCUCGGCGCCUCUAGAAGUUACUUCUCACGUAAAGAGUGGCCCCAAUGACAUUGAGAUCACAGUUGCCACUACAUUGUGGAACAAACUACGGAAGACGUGGCCUGCUAUCUACGGGUCUCUAGAGGCACAGAAAGUCGGUCUGCUGGGCCCUGUUACUCUGACGUACUAUGCUCAGAGGCAGAUUUGA